AAUAAUACUGCCAGUUUACCAAAAGAUACUGCGCAACUGACGGCGAAUACCAUCUUGUCAUUGGCUCAAUCAACACCUACUGGACAUCUGCCAUUCUAUCAGCAUCGACCUAUAAACAAUCUUUUCCAAAAUGUUAUAACUAAUUCCAUGGCCUUGAACGCAGCCGCUCGGGAUAAAGGUCGUCAUCGGAGUGGGAGUUCUGUGUCUUCGUCGGAUGGUGGUCUAUUCGCCUUCAAUCACUCUGAUUUAACCUCACCUCCAUCCGGGACCGCCCGUCCUAUGGUAUCCGCGGCUAACACAUGCACAACAUAUCCGGGUCGUGGAACCAUAGUCCCCGGGACACAGACUCUUGGUAAUGCUCUUCGGACCGUCCACCCCAGUGGAAAAACACAACCAGCACGCCUUAAUAUCAAUAAAAAAUUAAGUGGUUCCAUACCGCAGCAGCAGCAACAUCAACCUACAGCCCUAGGCACUAGUUCGUUUAUAACAGACCGAGCUUCCUCACUUGGUACUUCAGCACUUAUGCAGGAUACCUCAUCCGGACAUCCCAUUCGAAGUCUGAUGCUUCCCGAUCAUGCUCUGGCGAAUGCCACCGGUGGCCGGUCGGUUGGGUCGCAUCCGUCGCAACCCGUGGCUCCAGUUCCAUCACUGCAGAAUACUCUAUGGGCUACGGAGUCCAUGCAGCCGGAUCGUUUGAUUGGAUCAUCCGGUUGGCCCUGGCAUGUCACAAUCGAUUCCGGACACAACAGCGAGGCCAGCAUCACGGAUUCAAAUGAACUCGGUCCGGGUGCGUAUGAUCUUUCUACUACCGGCACUGUUGUUUCCAGUGUCCCAUUCGGCAUGGUCACGCAUGGUUUAGACUCGACUAGUCAACGUGAUAGUGGCUUAGUUUUAGAUUUUGCGUUACCCGCGAUGGGUGAUCAAUCGACAGAUUCGUCUCUGACUGGAACGGGACGCCCGACCGGAUUGUAUCGUUCAGUUGCACCAACUAGAGAUCAAUUUUCUAGUGAGUUUUAUCAUUGUCUCCUAAUUAAAACACAUUGUCGCUCCCGUGGUUCUGACCCAGUUCACACAUUCUCCGGGUCAUUCAGGACUAUGGUCGAUUGUCCACUGUGGAAGGCUGAUACGGGUUAA